AUGGCAACUAUAAAUAAUAAUAGUAUAUCGUUAGAACCAAUAGCUUUAAUAGGUAUGUCAUGCGAGUUUGCAGGUGAUAUUCAUUCACCAAAUGAUUUAUGGGAUGCAUUAAAAGAAAGUCGUGAUGUUGGUAGUACAACACCAAUUGAUCGAUUUGAUCUUGAAUCAUUUGCUGCUCAUAUGCUUAAUAUGGAUAAUGAUGGACAACUUCGUCAAAAACUUCUUCGUGCUGAUGCUGAACCAGCCGGUAUUGAUCCAUGUCAUCGAUUACUUAUAUUAAAAUUUGUUGAUUUACUUGAUGGUGAUGGAUACAGUGUUGAAAAAAUGUCAGGUACAAAAACAUCAGUGCAUACUGGAUAA